GGGCGGCGGCAUCGCGGCGGCGGAGAGCAGCCCCUGGGGUCGGUCGGGCUGUUGGGCGGCGGGACCAUGGCGCUGCGGGCCCGGGCGCUGUACGACUUCAGGUCGGAGAACCCGGGAGAGAUCUCUCUGCGGGAGCACGAGGUGCUGAGCCUCUGCAGCGAGCAAGACAUCGAGGGCUGGCUGGAGGGCGUCAACAGCCGCGGCGACCGCGGCCUCUUCCCAGCCUCCUAUGUGCAGGUGAUCCGCGCGCCCGCCGCCGAGCCGCCGCCGCCCGCCCGUUACGCCAACCUCCCCGCCGGUGGCUUCGAGCCGCUGCCGCCACCGGCCGCCUUCAAGCCUGCGGCGCAGCAGCCUCUGCCCGCGGCGGCGCCGGAGCCCUUUUCGGUGCCCCCCGCCGCCGGGUACCCCUUCCCGCCGGCGCCCUAUGGCGGCACGUACCAGCCCAGCCAGGGCAGUGAUGACGACUGGGACGACGACUGGGACGACAGCUCCACCGUGGCCGACGAACCUGGUGCUCUGGGUAGCUCCUACCCCGACUAUGAGGCAGCGAGCGGUGGAGGGUCCAGCCGCUACCGCAUGUCCACCCGGUGCGAACUCUCUCUGGGCUCCCGCGGGGGCGGUCACCCGGCGAGCCACCCGCACCCGCCCGGCGGCAGCGGCGCCAAGAGCUCGGCCACGGUGAGCCGCAACCUCAACCGCUUCUCCACCUUCGUCAAGUCUGGCGGGGAGGCCUUCGUGCUGGGUGAGGCAUCGGGCUUUGUGAAGGACGGGGACAAGCUGUGCGUGGUGCUGGGCCCCCGUGGCCCCGAGUGGCAGGAGAACCCCUAUCCCUUCCAGUGCUCCAUUGAGGACCCUACCAAGCAGACCAAGUUCAAGGGGAUGAAGAGCUAUAUUGCCUACAAGCUAGUGCCCAGCCACACUGGCCAGCAAGUGCACCGUCGCUACAAGCACUUUGACUGGCUCUACGGGCGUCUGGCCGAGAAGUUCCCUGUCAUCUCUGUGCCCCAUUUGCCAGAGAAGCAGGCCACUGGCCGCUUUGAGGAGGACUUCAUCUCCAAACGUCGCAAAGGCCUAGCCUGGUGGAUGGACCACAUGUGCAGUCACCCUGUGCUGGCUCAGUGUGAUGCCUUCCAGCACUUCCUCACCUGUCCCAGCACAGAUGAGAAGGCCUGGAAACAAGGCAAGCGCAAGGCUGAGAAGGAUGAGAUGGUGGGUGCCAACUUUUUCUUGACCAUCAGCGUCCCUACAGGCACUGGAGCUAGCCUGGACUUGCAAGAGGUGGAAAGCCAGGUGGAUGGCUUCAAAGCCUUCACAAAGAAGAUGGACGAGAGUGCCCUGCAGCUUAAUCACACAGCCAAUGAGUUUGCCCGCAAACAAGUCACUGGUUUCAAGAAGGAAUACCAGAAGGUGGGGCACUCCUUUAAGUGCCUCAGUCAGGCAUUUGAGCUGGACCAGCAGGCCUUUUCAGCUGGCCUCAACCAAGCGAUAGCCUUCACUGCAGAAGCCUAUGAUGCCAUCGGGGACCUCUUUGCAGAUCAGCCCCGGCAGGACCUAGACCCUGUGAUGGAUUUGUUAGCUCUGUAUCAGGGGCAUUUGGCCAACUUUCCUGACAUCAUCCACGUCCAGAAAGGAGCCCUUACCAAAGUAAAGGAGAGUAAGCGGCAUGUGGAAGAAGGGAAGAUGGAGCUCCAAAAAGCUGAGGGCAUUCAGGAACGCUGUAACAUUAUUUCUUUUGCAACCCUAGCAGAAAUCAAUCAUUUCCACAAAAUCCGUGUGAGGGACUUUAAAUCACAGAUGCAGCAUUUCUUGCAACAGCAAAUACUCUUUUUUCAAAAAGUGACACAAAAGCUAGAAGAAGCUCUUCACAAGUAUGACAGUGUGUAAUCUCUGAGCUGUGGUUUGUCAGCUUCCCUCAGCAUGAACAUCACCCAAGCAGCAAAGCAAAUGCUGCUGUUCCUGAAGAACUGUUGCCAGUGGUAGAUGGUGGUACAAGUUUGGCUUUGUGUUCACCUGGAACCCCAGUUUAAUCUCCAGUUAUAUAGAAAGGAAACAGUUAUAGGGCUAUGUAGUUGAAACAGUACCACGCAUUAUAACUAAGUUAUACUGUGUAUGCCUACACUACCAUUGUAACUUCUUUUGAAAUAAUGAGUAUACUAUUUGCCUUACUGCUUUUUGAAAUAUGGUAUUUUCGUGCAUACUUUGUAGACCUCAAAACCCUUUGGGUCUUUAAGGAAGCCGGUUAGGUAAAAGCCUGCUUCAGAUGCCUUUUACUUUCCUACAUUUGGAUUUCCCAAAUUCAAAUGAUUCUCUGUUUACAGACUCCUACUAGAGCAGCUAUGUGAUUAUGUGCCUUUAGAAUCUAUUUUUCCUUUUUUAGUAAGUCACAUUUCUAUGAUUGAAUGAAUGAAGGGUUGAUGCCUAUAACAGGAACUGAUUAUGAAACCUCACACUGACUGGAAAAAAAAUGAGCUGCCAUCCAGUUUGCACAGCAAGUAACGUCCUACGACAGAUGUUGGCUCAAAAAGGAGAACUUAAAUCUCUUCACACUUUUCCUGAAGUGGAAGCUACUUGUUAUGUGUCUGAGGAUGUUAAGCACAUAUACAAAAAUACACCACUUAAUUCCUUUUCCAAAAUUAGUCAUACAGUGAGCGUUUUGUUUUUCAGUAGACGUCAUUUCUGUGACUGGAAAUUUGAAGAGCUAGCCUAAUAAAAACUAUGUAUAUCAAGGGGAUAUGAAUACAAGCUGCGUGGCUUGGAAUAUUGUUUCAAAUUUGAAAUGAUGUGCUCUUUGUUCAGUUGCUGAUUCAGUUUAAAUUAGAUUUGCUUCUACGUUGCCAUUUUGUUGAGUUGAAACUCCACUGUGAUUCAUUAGUUUACUAAGUUGCAAGUUUUCAGGGAUGUUCAGUAAUAUAAAUGAUCUGAAAUAAGUCAUGGCUGAACUGACUUGGAAAACAGUUGGCAUUUUUAUGUUUGUAACACUUUAAGAAUUAACAAUUGUCUUAAUUUUUGUAUAAAUAUUUUUGACAAGCAGGGUGCAUUUAUAUAUAUGUAAACGCUAUCUUGUGAAGAGUUUUCUGGCUUAUUUCUCUUGAAUGAAGUCUGUGUUUCUUACCUAUUAGUUACCUUCUUAAGGUCAAUAUGAAAGGGGAUUUAUAUUUAUCCUAUCUUUUUUUUUUUUUUCUGAAACAAAAAUAACAAAAGCUUCCAAGUAAGCAAAACAUUUACUUUU